AUGACUGAUGUGCAAUUGAACUAUUUGCUUUGGCACAGUGCUGGUAGCGCCGGGGUUGUCUUGCUUGCCUAUGCCGGCCUUACCGCGGAACCGCAUCUCCGGGGACGAUUCGAUUUUUUGACGAGAUUGGUUCUUUCGGCGGCUUUCUCAUUCCUCAUUGGGCUGGUUCUGGAGAUCUUGAGUGUUCUGCACGUUUGGCCUUGGUGUCCUUGCAUUUUCGAUGGAUGGGGACUGUUUGUGAAUGUGGACAGUAUUCUUGCUACUGUCUUGACAAUCGUUCUCGUGAAAGUCACCUACUUUGCGAAAGGAAGUCCGUGGGAUUCAGAACGCUGCGCAGAGACAAUAGCAUUGUCUGCGGAUGGCAUGGAGAAAGAUUUGGAGUUUGGAGACGACGAUGGAUGCUCGUCAUCGACGCAGUCUGAGGAUGCCGUCAGUGAAGCCCAGCCCGUCGUCGAUUUUCUACCCGGACGACAACUCGAAGCCGAAAUCGGAAGCCACCGCCGUGGUGUUUAG